AUGCCGAAGCUUGCCGUUCUCAAUGAGGCAGAGGAAGAAAUCCCGGAAGGUGCCAAUUCUGCAGAAGUCGUCGUAGGCAUAGCAGACUUGAUCGGAAUAGACAUCGUCAACGAGCCUCAGUUCCUGUGGAUCGCUGAAGAAGCAUCGCGAGCACACAUUCCUCCCGACUGGAAGGAGUUGACCAACGAAGAUGGAGAAGUGCUGUACUAUCACACACAGGAGCGGAAACUGCAAAAGGUGCACCCCCUCGUCUUGCGAUAUCAGGAGGUGUAUUUCAAGGCUCGGAGCUACACGAAACAGCUUGAAAGUGGUCAGAUCGGUAAUUUGCUCGAGCAAACUGAUGCAAAGAUGGCCGCCAUCACAGCGUCGGUGAUGGGGCGCGCGUCGAAAGGCUUGCCUCCAGCAACUCCCGAAGUCGUUGAGAGUCUGGCAAGGGUUCUCGGCGUAGACAGCACGAAGGAGUUCUUUCUGUUCCGGGUCGUGAAGCAGACCAUUGAGGCUUACGUAGAAAAGAAGCUGGACUUGAGCAGCAUCGUUCAGGAUCUGAAGGAUCCGAUUGAGUUUCUGCGUCAGAUACGCAAGAAGCAAAAUCAGGUUGAUGUCAUAAGAAAGCCCACGACAGUGGUAAUGUGUCAAGAAUGCGAAAACCGAGCUGCCGUGUUAAAGUGCGAGCAAUGCAAAGACUUCUUCUGUCAGGAUUGCUUCAACAGCACGCAUGCUACUGGCAAGCGACGGGCACACAUCACAUCCGAUGUCGAGCAGCUGGUGUGUGCUGCUUUCGAAGAUCGUGUCGCUACAUGCCAAUGCGUGCAGUGUGGUCUUUUUUAUUCCGAUGAAGGUUUCAUGCAUGUGCAUGCCUGGGAUGCUGCUCGUCCAGACUUGAGAAACCACUUGAAGCGUGUCAUCAACGGUUUGGUCUGCCUUGAGUGCGAGCACUACAACGCUUCCGUGCUUUGUGAGGACUGCGUCGACCUCUUCUGCACCGAGUGCUUCAUCAGGCUGCAUCGCAAAGGGAAACGACGUCAGCAUGUGCACCUGACAAUCGACAACACUGGGCAAAUUUUUCGGGGUGGCUUCCUUGUACCUCCAGAAGAAGCACAGGUGCUUACAGACAGAGCACGAUCGACUGUGGAAACUGGCCCGUGGGUACCUUUUCGCGAUGAUGAACUCAAUGUGUAUUGGUAUCAUCUGGUUGAGAAGAGGUCCGUGUCGCAGAGUCCCGUGGACCCCGUGACAGGUGUGGAUGCCGCCGUCGGAGUCGAUCCGUUGCCCGAUGAGGAAGGAUGA